UUAUGCUAAUAAGCACUUGCUCAGUUAGCGGACGUGCCAAAGCGGUACACCGGAGAGACAGGAAAGGGGCUGAGUGUCUCUCAACCGGCACAAUUUUAACCACUUUUUUUUUGCUUAAAUACAUUUCUGUGGAGCGAAAAUGUCGAAGCCUGACACCAAGAAGUUCUUUGAGAAUCUCUCCGGAGCUGAAAAAGCCAUUGCGGUGCUGACGAGUGGAGGAGAUGCUCAAGGUAUGAAUGCAGCCGUAAGGGCUGUGGUGCGAAUGGGAAUCUACGUGGGAGCCAAAGUCUACUUCAUACGUGAGGGAUAUCAGGGUAUGGUGGAUGGAGGUGAUAACAUAAAAGAGGCCAGAUGGGAGAGUGUGUCCAGCAUGCUGCAAGUGGGUGGCACUGUGAUCGGAAGUGCCCGGUGUAAAGAGUUCAGGACACGUGAAGGACGUCUGAAGGCGGCCCAUAACCUGGUGCAGCAUGGCAUCUCUAACCUGUGUGUCAUUGGUGGAGACGGCAGUCUGACAGGCGCCAACCUUUUCAGGGAGGAGUGGAGCGGCCUGCUGGCUGAGCUCGUCCAACAGGGUCUGAUCGACGACGAGGCUCUACAGAGAUAUUCAGCCCUGCACAUCGUAGGAAUGGUGGGCUCCAUCGACAACGACUUCUGCGGCACAGACAUGACCAUCGGUACUGACUCGGCUCUCCACAGAAUCAUCGAGGUGGUGGACGCCAUCAUGACCACUGCUCAGAGCCACCAGAGGACUUUUGUGCUGGAGGUGAUGGGUCGACACUGUGGCUACCUGGCACUGGUGAGCGCGUUGGCCUGCGGUGCCGACUGGGUUCUGAUUCCUGAGAUGCCUCCAGAGGACGGCUGGGAGGAGAAGAUGUGUGAGAAACUCUCUGCGAAUCGGGCGGGAAGAAAAAGGCUGAAUAUCAUAAUAGUAGCCGAGGGCGCCAUUGAUUGUAGCAACAAGCCUAUAACCACAGAUCGUGUGAAAGAUCUAGUGGUCCGCCAACUGGGCUUCGAUACGCGUGUAACUAUCCUGGGUCACGUCCAGAGAGGAGGAACACCGUCAGCCUUCGACAGAAUCCUGGCCAGUCGUAUGGGCGUGGAGGCAGUAUUGGCUCUGCUGGAGACUACAGCUAACACACCGGCCUGCGUUGUCUCACUGUGUGGAAACCAGGCUGUGAGGCUGCCUCUCAUGGAGUGUGUGCAGAUGACCCAGGAGGUCCAGAAGGCCAUGGACGAGAAGAAGUUUGAAGAAGCUGUAAAGCUUCGUGGCAGGAGUUUUGAGAACAAUCUAAAGACCUACAAGCUCCUGGCUCACCGCAAACCGGAAUCUGAACUUCCAUGUAGUAACUUCAACGUGGCGGUGUUGAACGUCGGCGCUCCGGCGGCGGGAAUGAAUGCGGCCGUGCGCUCUGCCGUCAGAGUCGGAAUUUCCGAGGGACACAAAAUGUUCGCCAUUAACGACGGCUUCGAGGGCUUCUAUAAGGGACAGAUAAAAGAGAUUAAAUGGGGAGAUGUAGGGGGCUGGACGGGCCAGGGAGGAUCUCUGCUAGGAACCAAAAGGACUCUACCUGCCAAGCAUGUUAAAGAAAUCGCUGAGCAGAUGAGGAAGUAUAACAUAAACGCGCUGCUGGUCAUCGGAGGAUUCGAGGCCUACCUGGGGAUCUUGGAGUUGUUAGCAGCUCGUGGAACAUGUGAGGAGUUGUGUGUGCCCAUGGUCAUGGUGCCAGCCACAGUCUCCAACAAUGUGCCGGGCUCAGACCUCAGCAUUGGUGCAGACACCGCUCUGAACGCCAUCACUCAUACAUGUGACCGUAUCAAGCAGUCAGCCAGCGGGACAAAGCGGCGUGUGUUCAUCAUCGAAACGAUGGGAGGCUACUGUGGUUAUCUGGCCAGCGUAGGCGGUCUGGCAGCGGGUGCCGACGCUGCUUACAUUUAUGAAGAACCUUUCGACAUCCGAGACCUGCAGUCUAACGUGGAGCAUUUAACAGAGAAGAUGAAGACCAGCAUUCAGAGAGGACUCGUGCUCAGGAAUGAGAACAGCAGCGAGAACUACACAACAGAUUUUAUUUAUCAGCUCUACUCAGAGGAGGGUAAAGGCGUGUUUGACUGCAGGAAGAACGUACUUGGCCAUAUGCAGCAGGGAGGCGCUCCAUCCCCAUUCGACCGCAACUUUGGGACUAAAAUCUCAGCCAAGGCCAUGCAGUGGAUCUCGAAGAAGCUGAACGAGUGCUACAGGCAGGACGAAGGGAGAGUGUUUGCUAACACCGAGGACUCUGCCUGUUUGCUGGGGAUGCGGCGCCGUAACCUCAUCUUCCAGCCGGUGGUUCAGCUGAAAGACGAGACAGACUUUGUUCACAGGAUUCCUAAGGAGCAGUGGUGGCUGAAGCUUCGUCCUCUGAUGAAGAUCUUGGCCAAAUACAAGACGAGCUACGACGUGUCAGACUCGGGCCAGCUGGAGCACGUGGUGCGCAGCCGAGGCAAGGAAAGUGACGUCACCGCCGCCAUCUGAAGUCACAAGAUUUAAGUCUUUAAGAGGCACACGUGUUCUGUUUAUCUUCAUCGUGAACCAUCGGCUUUUCGUCUCGUCGUCAAACCCCGCUCGUCCCUCCCUCCUUCGGUCGUGUUCUGAAUGUGUUAAACGGAGUGUUUUCAUCAAGAGAUCGGUCACAUCCUCAGCUUAUAGUUCGUGCCCCUGAUGUAAUCCACUGUCUGCUGACUCAAACCUUCUACUCAGUGAUCCUCUCUGUUAAGACGGAGCUCUAAUGUAGAUCCACGCGUUAGUAUCCAGAUGCUGUAACUGAGUCCAGUGCAAUCUCUCGAGCACAGUUUAGUGGAUGUGUGACUAUCAUGUUCUUAAACCAAUAAACCUUCACCUGCUUGUUGAACUGUU